GUUACCAUUUGCAAUCAGAAUGCCAUAAAAGACAAUGAAAUACCGGACCAUUACAUAGACGAUAUAUUCAAGGAAAUUUAUGAGGUUCUCGAUGAGGAGAUGAAAAGCGAUGAGAAAGAUACAGGUAAUGUACGACGUCACGAUUGUCUUGAUGUUUUGGUCCGCUUGAAAUUGUCGUUUCAUGUUCAGUUCUAUUCAUAUAGAACUUCAAAUUGACCUUUUCAUAUAUGUGUAGUUUCAGAUCAAUUUUGAACAUUUCAUUUGUAGGCGAUGAUGUCACACCUACUCCAGAUUUUCAGAAUGAUAUCGAUGACACAGAAAACAAUGGCACCGACGAAUUAUUUGAUCCAGAAGAGGAACUCAGAAUUGAUUACCUUUUUCAAGAAUUUCUCCUGUCCUAUUUAGCUUUGGAGAACCAAACAGCGUUGUAUAAGAUGGGACACAAAUAUAAAGACUUUGUGUUUGACUGCAACUUCAGAGGGAUUGAUUGCAGGAAAAAUUACUCCAAAUACUGGCAUCACUUCUGGGAUUACCGUUACGGGAAUUGUUUCACUUUUAACGGUGGGAUGGACGAUGAUAAGAAAAAUCAAACAACCUUGGCUACUCACAGCACUGGACCCUAUGGAGGACUUACCUUGAACCUCUUUAUCGAGACCGGUCAAUAUGUACCAGAGGUUAGUCAGGCUGCCGGGGCCAGGAUUGUCAUCCAUAACCAAGGGGAGAUGCCUUUUCCGGAUGAAGAUGGAAUCAACCUCGUUCCGGGAUUUUCUACUUCUGUUGGAGUUAGAAGGGAAGUCAUAGAGAGAGUGGAUCCUUUCAAUAAUCAAAGCUGUAGAGCAUCUAAUAGUCACGAUCAUGAAGACAUUUAUCACAAGAAUUUUGGAUCCUUUUAUUCACGGGAGGUAUGUACUUUAAUACCGAUUAUCUGAGUUCAGUAUUGGAUCAACCCAGAAACCUUUCUUUUCCUUGCUUUUUUGACGCACGGGAGUUGGGUCAAAGCAUCCAAUGAGGUUUCUUUAAAACUUAAGAAAGAGUUUAGCACAGACUAUUUACUUCAGUAAUAACCACGUGCUCCUCGUGAAGCCAUAUCACAACUGAAUAACGUCACGUGUCAAAAUGUCUGCUGUCUCAGAUCAGCCAUCUCGGAUGUCCAUAUAUUUGCAGAAAUCUUACAACUGCUCCAAAAUUAAAGGACGUUUGCACACUACAACCUGAAUGAGUACCCAAACCCAUUCCCCAACU